AAUUCAUUCUUCCCUCGCCCGUUGCCCUGCAAGUGUCAACUCGUCAGACGUCAUGAUAUGUCAUCAGAAGUGUCCACUUAAUUUGAGGGACGAGGGGAACGGGUGUCUUUUAAGUGUGGUAUUUGGAAUGUAACCCUACACUUUUUGGUACUCGUAGUCUGUCCGUCAGGGGGUGCUGGCUCGCGCGUCACAAUUUCACAUACAGAACUAGCAUACACACAGAACGCAACAAAAGCUAGGCUAUCGAUACUACCCGGUGUCUCUUUCCCGUCGAGACAGCAUAGGAAAUUGGCAAUAUAGCUAGCUAGCUGUUAUUUAUUUAAUAAAGAUGUCGACCACGACCGGCGGUGGAGAGUUUGGCAACCCCCUGCGGAAAUUCAAGCUCGUAUUCUUAGGCGAACAAAGUGUGGGAAAGACAUCGCUUAUCACCAGGUUUAUGUAUGACAGCUUUGACAACACCUAUCAGGCAACAAUUGGCAUAGACUUUUUAUCGAAAACGAUGUAUCUGGAAGAUCGUACGAUUCGGCUCCAGCUGUGGGAUACAGCCGGGCAGGAGCGGUUCCGCAGUCUCAUCCCCAGCUACAUCAGAGACUCAGCCGCUGCUGUGGUGGUUUAUGACAUAGCAAACCUCAAUUCAUUCCAGCAAACCUCAAAGUGGAUUGAUGAUGUCAGAACAGAGAGAGGAAGUGAUGUCAUUAUCAUGCUUGUGGGAAACAAAACAGACCUGGCUGAUAAAAGACAAGUGUCUGUAGAGACUGCAGAAAGGAAAGCUCGUGAACUCAAUGUGAUGUACAUAGAGACCAGUGCCAAGGCUGGCUAUAACGUCAAACAGCUGUUUCGCCGUGUUGCCGCAGCCCUACCUGGGAUGGACAGCACACCAGAGAAGAGCAAAGAGGACAUGAUCGAUAUCAAACUGGAGAAGCCGCCGGAGAUGGCUGUGACGGAGAGCAGCUGCUCCUGCUAGUAAACACCUAAACCCCCACCUGACCUGCCUCCUCCCCACCAACAGCUUGUGUCUCAGUGGCCACUCUCCCCACCCAUGGUUCACUGCAAUCGGCUGCAGAACCUCUUUCGACUCAGUGAUUUUUCAGAGUAACUGUGUGGAUGUGCUAUUACUCUGUAUUUAAACAGAUCAUCUAAAGAUAAUAUUAAAGGUAAAAAGUAAAAUUGUCAAAAACACAGAAUAGGUUAAAUGCUGAAUAUGAUCAGAUUGUCAUCCAACUGCAUGGCAUUAUCUAGGAUUGCAGACUGACAUAACUAACUGCUCCUGGGUUAUUGCACUUUUUGGAGCAUCAGUGCUAUCACACUUGUCAUUGUUGUAAAGUGAUAUUGUUUGAGAUUAUUUAAGUGACUAUGAAAGGUCUCAGUCCCUUUUUGGUUCUUUGCUUUUAUUUCCAAUGGAGAGUCUGGAGUGGGUCAGCUACAGUAUUCUAUAUACGUGAUCAACAAAGUGUCUGUUACUGAUUACCAUGAUUGUUUAAAUAUUUCGUUGCAAAAAAUAUUAUUUUGAAUCAUUGUUGGCUCAUCUAUUAAUUUAAGCCUAAUGAAUAGGCGAUAUUUUUAAGGGCAAGAACAGCCAAAUAACUUCAUUUAGGAUUACUGUAAUUCGUCCACUGAAGAUUUCAAUGGCGGCUGGUUUGUUAAUUUGGCAGGUUGUCCAAGGGGAUGUUUCAGAAAGUACGUGUAGCCAAUCCGAUAGGAAACGAGUAUACAUUUUUAGAAAAGGGACAUAAUCCCAAAUUCAUUGUACUGGAAAAUACUAACUUAAAUCUACUGAUGUACACUUUAAAACUAUAGCCGCUCUGUCAGAGGAACUUUCCUCGGUCAUCUACACGCAUACAAACAUCUUGUGUCUGAGGAGGAAAGGUGUUUAAAGUCCAUGUGUGGGGUUAUGGAGUGAGCGGGUGUCAACCCUUUUACACACUAAAUGGAAACAUGUCACUUGGUCCAUGCAAUGUCUCCUGCUCACCCUCCAAUUGAUAUAUAUAUAUUGUCUUGUUUUCAUCACACUUGCAGGAACAGCGUGCUCAUCAUGCAGGAUUUAUAGACGGUUAAGAACACAGAUUUCUUGCUUCUUUGUUCACCAACGGUGUGCACUGAAUCGAGUCCCAAUAUUGUAAAGAUCGAGAGGCCUGCUGCCGGGCCUCUGGCUUCAGUAGUUGUUUUGUAGAGCAGUUUAGAUUGGAAGCGUUAGCUAUAUCUGAGGAUCAACUAACACCCUUGCUGUAAAAAACAAGUGCAGUGAAGAUAAUUUUUAUCGCUAUUGCCUGUGUAUGACUGUUUUUUUAUUUAACACAAGCAACUGUAAAAUCGCAUUGUAUGCUUGACAAAAAUAACAGUUGCUGGCACGCACGUGGAAGUUAGUGUUUUAUUUCCGUGUCUCUGCUUGGAUGCUGAAUUUCAAUGCAAAAGCCAGGCCUGGUUGUUUCGUCUCAAGUCACCACGGUCACACUGAUGACUCCCUGCAGUGUGUAUAGUCAGUGGAUUGGUUUAGGUACAGAAAAGGCUUCACUUCACCCCUGUCCUUUACCACGUACACACGGUGGCUUACACACAAACCAAAUAACCACAGUCAAAAAUGUACCAACCCCACCACCACACACCAAUAGCUGUAGAUUGUUUGGAAAUGUAAACAUUUUAAAAUGUUUAAACAAAUGUAGAUACGUAUUACAUCGAACAACCUUUAGCUUUAUAGCUAAUUCUAUUACCUGUCGCUGACUGAAUACUCAGCUCUGUGCUUUUCUGAAGUGUCUGUCCAGUUGAAAUAUGUCUACUAGUUUUUAGCAAUGUUUGUGAAUAAUAAUGUACUGUUAGUAUUACUCUGCUGUUAAAAAGUAUAGUUAAAGAACACAAGUGUAUCACACGAAGUAAAGGUAUUUCACCAAAAUUG